UUCAGCAACCGAGCGGAUUUUACUCUCUUUUUUUCCCCUUCUCUCUCUCUGUCUCUCCCUCUCUCCAUCCAGCCCGCUGGCGAGCAAACACUGACUGCUCCUCUGACUUUAAACCAGUGUUGUUGUUGUUGUUUUUUUCUUCUUUUACGCAGCGUUUCUUUCUAGGCCUAUUUCUUCAUCUGACGCGCUCUGUUUUCCUUGUUGUGGGGGAAAUUGUGUUUCCCGUUUUGGAUUUUACGCACGUUUCUUUGGAGUUUUUUUUUUUUUGAAAACCCACCUUGUUGGAUCUCCAGAGCUUUGUGUGUGCCCCCCUGGACGCCCCGUGCCGACACGCCAUGGCGCGUCUGUUUCUGCCGUGUCUCCUGCUGCUUGUAUCCGCGCAGACGGUCCUUUCCAAAGGGGUCUUCGAGCUGAAGAUCAACUCCUUCACCAGCUCGCGCGGCGUCUGCAGCUCCAAGUCCCGGGACUGCCAGGUCUUCUUCCGCGUGUGCCUCCAGCACGCACAGGAGGUUAUCAACCCGGAGCCGCCGUGCACGUACGGCACCGCGCUCACAGAGGUCUUCAGCGCCGACUCCGACUCCGUGUCCGGGAGCGCGCCCGUCAGGGUGCCCUUUCAGUUCAAGUGGCCGGAGACUUUCUCUCUGAUCGUUGAAGCCUGGAACGCUUUGGAGUCUUCCGGACUCGAGUCUACAGAGAACCAGAACAACCUGAUCAGCCGCCUGGCCAUGCGCCGCAGGCUGGCAGUCGGCGAGGACUGGUCCCAGGACGUGCACUUUGGCGACCAGAGCGAGCUGCGCUACUCCUACCACGUGGUGUGCGACGAGCACUACCACGGCGCCGACUGCUCGGCCUUCUGCCGCCCGCGCAACGACACCUUCGGCCACUACGCCUGCGACGGGGAGGGCCAGCGCCGCUGCCUGGAGGGCUGGGCUGGCGAGUACUGCUCGGACCCCAUCUGUGCCGCGGGGUGCAGCGAGCAGCACGGCUUCUGCGAGGCUCCCGGCGAGUGUGCGUGCCGGCAGGGCUGGCAGGGCGAGCGCUGCGACGAGUGCGCCCGACACCCGAGCUGCGUCCACGGGACGUGCCAGCAGCCCUGGCAGUGCAACUGCCGGGAGGGAUGGGGCGGCCUGUUCUGUAACCAAGACCUGAACUACUGCACCAACCACAAGCCGUGCCAGAACGGCGCUUCGUGCACCAACACCGGCCAGGGCAGCUACACCUGCACCUGCCGGCCCGGGUUCACCGGCCAAAACUGCGAGGUCGAGACCAACGAGUGCGACAGCAACCCUUGCAAGAACGGCGGCAGCUGCAAAGAUUCGGAGAACGAUUAUUCGUGCGAGUGCCCCCAGGGUUUCUACGGGAAGAACUGCGAGAUCAGCGCCAUGACGUGCGCCGACGGGCCGUGUUUUAACGGAGGGACCUGCGUCGAGAACGUCGCCGGCGGGUACAGCUGCCGCUGCCCACCCGGGUACACGGGCUCCAACUGCGAGAAGAGGAUGGACAAAUGCAGCAGCAACCCCUGCGCUAACGGCGCUAAGUGUUUGGACGUCGGUAAGCACUUCGUGUGCCGCUGCCGGUCCGGCUUCACUGGCUCUCGCUGCGAGACCAACGUUGACGACUGCGCCGGCAACCCCUGCCUCAACGCCGGCACGUGUGUGGACGGCAUCAAUGACUUCGCCUGCACGUGCACGCUCGGCUUCGGCGGCAAGGACUGCUCUGUGCGCGCCAGCCCUUGCGACCAUUUCCCCUGCGACAACGGCGGCACGUGUUACACCCACUUCACCGGUCCCGUGUGCCAGUGUCCCCCGGGCUUCAUGGGCGCACGCUGCGAGUACAGCGUCACCAGGCCCACUACAAAACCGCCCCCGAAUGGCGAAUCUGCGGCGCUGAUCGCCGCUGUCGUCCUCGGCCUGGUGACGCUGACUCUGCUGGUGUUCGCGGCCAUCCACGUUCUGCGUCAGCUCCGACGGGGCAGGGAGCUGAGGGCCAUGACCACGUCGGUGAAGAACGACCUGGAGACGGUCAACAACCGCAACGCGGUGAUCGGUGGGGGCGGACCCUAUAGCGGGAGCUUGCCCGGAGCGCCGCUGGGCAGCCUGCGAGAGAAGGAGGCCUUCCUCAUCAUGGGAGGACAACUCAAAGUGUCCAACAAGGAUGCAGCGCUGGUGGAGAACGGCGGCGACAACAUGGCCAUUUUUAAAAACAAAAUGGCAGACUGCAACCUGGCGAGAGACGAGCAGCGGCUGGCCAAGAACAAGUUUGACCUUAAGAAGUGUGACUCGUCCAUCAUCAUCCCUCCGCUCAGCUUUGCAAAGGACAGUCUGUAUCAGAGGGAGCAGUGCGUGUUUGCUACUGAGGUAUAACCUCCAGGUUUCCAGCGGAGGAGAGAAGUUUUUCGCUGAAGGCCUGAACAAUGUUUUCUGUCCAGAGGAUCUAUUCCGCACACAUCAUUUUAUAUUUAAUAUUUAUUGCUGCUGCUCAACUGAAAGAAACACAAAAAGAAAAGGACUUGUUUUUUUUUUAAAAUUCUUUUCUGCUUCGAUAUUGACAAUGUUCGGAUGACAAUUGAUUCUGAAAAGAAAGAGAGAACAGCGGAGGAGAGUGAAGACGAAGGAGUGAAUGUCCAGCGUCAUUUGCACUAUUUAUCCUUUUUUUUUUAUAUAUAUAUAUAUAUAUACUUUAAAAUCUUAAUAUAAUAUUUCUGUCUGUCGGUAUAUCUGAAUUGUUUUUUUUAAUCUUUGGAUCAAAACGUGAAACGAGAGGACGUAACAAAUUUUGGAUCUAUCCCACCAAUCCGGAAAGACCGGUGCCUUUAGCUGUGCUCCCUAAUCACCGUGGCUUUCCGUUUCCCGUACAAUCUCACAACAUGAUGGCAAUCAAAAAUGGUCAGAGGACCUGCUCACGGGAACGGAAACACGGAACAUUUUAAUUCUUUUAGGUCAAACAACCUGAACUGUUUGCUGUCUAAAAAGCUAAAACUAGACAGUUUGUGACUCCAUUCGUUUUUUAAUUAGAUUUUUCUUUGAAAGUGAAACGUCACAUUGUGGCACUGUUGGGGAAAAAGGAACUACAAUCACAAUCAUAUGAACUGUAAAAAAAGUGCCUCUUCUUGAGAAAAACUGCAAACGGGACUUCAAAUCCAAGACUCAAAAUCCAAGAUUUGAGGACGAAUGUGCAGAAGUUUUUUCUAUUUGUAUCGCAUAUCCAAAUCCUGUCUUUACGAGCCCAUUCAAAAUCCACUGGAGCUUUUUCUUUUCUACUGGUUAUGUAUUUUUUAAACCUAUCAUAUGUACUGUUCCAGUCAUACCCC